AUGCGACGACUGCGGGAACCAGCCAACUCAUACGACGUUCUGCGCGACUUUGGCGCGACUUAUGCAACAUAUCCGAAGCGAGUCUCUGCUGUCUACUUCGAGCGACUUGCGAAUGCCCUCAAUCAAACGGCCACCCGAGUUCAAGAACAGGAUCAUUUGAGCUAUGAGAAAGCGCCUAGCACAACACCAAGCACCCGAGAGGAUGACUCGAACUCCAGCGAAGGAGACAAGUCCUUGAAGUCACUGCAAGAAGUGGAGAAAAUGAGCGUUUUGGACGAGUCGCCGCUCCCCGACUCUGCCUCGUUUUCGUCAUUUUCCACCAGAACGACCUUACCAACGCGACACAGUAUGUCUCAUGUGGAAACUCAUUCCGAAUGUCUAGAUCAUGGACCGAAUGAUGUGUGUCCCAUUACGGUUGAGGCAUGGACGGUGCUAUCGGCAUAUCUAGUGAAUCAGAUCAAAUACGGCUACGAAUCGGAACGGGUGAUACAAACGGAAAUGUCCAAAUUGGGACUUGAUGGUUCAGGAGGUUUGAAGCGAGGUGCGAUAGGAAUGCACAGACCUACGCAGUAUGCAUAACUUAUCAUGAUCGUUUCGGAUAAAUAUUAUA